CCAGCACAUAUUGAUUGCCGUCAUGACUCCUUGUGCAACCGGUGCCAGCAAACAUGCCCUCGAGUCGGCGGCUAACGGCCAGUCUCGCACGAAGCGAGCCAAAGUCACAACCCAUGAAGCCCAUAUUCCGCAACACCUGAUCGAUGCCCUCUACUCUCCGUCGACUGUCGUCAAGCUAUGGACCGUCGCUCACAGGGCUCUCGGCAGCGCCAGCCCUCCCGUGCUCUACCCCGAAUACACUGGUACAGACGAUGCCUACGUCUACCGCAACCUGGACUUCUGGACAUCUGGGUUCUUUCCGGGCUCGCUGUACCUCCUCCUCGAGCGGCAAACACUAUACCAACCGUCCUUGAACCAGAACGACAGGGGCCAUCCCUUCCUCCACCGUGUCCUACUCCAACACCUCUGCCAGUGGUGGUCUACGAACCUGCACCAGAACGCCGCCAAGAAGGAUACCCAUGACCUCGGGUUCAUGAUUGCACCGUGGGCACUCAAGGCAUGGACUCUGCACCGUGAUCCCCAGGCAUACAGCAGCCUAGUCUUGGCAGCCCACUCGCUGUCCGGUCGGUACGAUGCCCGCGUGCAGUCUAUUCGAUCGUGGGAUAUCUGCCAUACAAAGCUAUACUCCUUCACGGACCCGUCCAAGGACUUUCUCGUCAUCAUUGACAAUAUGCUCAAUCUGGACAUGCUAUUCUGGGUUUCUCGCGAGACCGGCGACAAAUCAUUGUACGAUAUCGCGGUCGCCCACGCGCGCACGACGCAGAAGCAUCAUAUUCGCCCGGACAAGAGUACCAUGCAUGUUGUAAACUACGACGCCGCGACAGGGAGCCCGAAGGCAAAGUUUACACAUCAGGGGUACAGCAACGAUAGCUGUUGGAGCCGUGGUCAGGCUUGGGGGAUCCUGGGUUUCAUACAGACAUAUCAGUGGACUGGAGAAAACGAGUUCCUCAAUACAGCCAGAGACCUGGCGGAUUACUUCCUGGCCAGGCUGCCGGCAGACAGCGUGCCGUACUGGGAUUUCGAUGCCCCUGUGACUAAUGAUACUCCAAGAGAUACCUCCGCUGGGAUGGUCGCGUGCUGUGGGCUGGUUCUGCUGUAUAAAGCCCUGCGGGUAGUGGAUUCGACGGCGGCUCAGGGCUAUCUAGACAGUGCUCUGAGGAUCCUCGAUGGAACAGUUGAAGGGUUCAUGACAACGCCCGCUGUUAGGUUCAGCGAGAGUGUAGGCUUGAACCAUCCUACUUUCCCUCCGAAUGAGGAGCAGAAACAAUCUGGUCCUCUUGCUGUCUCAUCUGGCGCAGGAGGGUCCGACGCUAUCAAAUGCCCUGAAACAAUACUAAACGGCGCGACUGUCUGCAACUAUGAGUUUGCCGCCAGGCGCUGGGCUGACCAUGGUCUUGUCUACGCCGAUUAUUACUUCCUCUUGCUUGGCAAUAUGCUGUUGGAUAUGGGCUUGGUUACAGACUAGACUGGGAUGGGCUGGACUAGACACGAUAGACUAGCUGAACUACAAUACAGUGCUGUGAUAGAAAUUCUAGAGAUCGAUAGAUAUAAUGCCUGAGGCACCCAGCGAUGGGACGUAAUACCAACAAUGUAAUUAUUCCUCAACAUUCGAACACCUCCAAUCGUAUUCGCCUUUAAGAGCUUGGAAAUGUUUCC